GAGAAGAAGGCCCGUUUCGUUGCUUUCUCGUCGUCCCGCUUCUUCUUGCUUGGCUUGAGAGGCGAGAGGCGAGAGGCGAGAUCGGCGGGCUACGCCGGCGCCGGAGAUGAUCACGCGGUCGAAGUUGGUGGAGCAGCUGAGGGACUACCAGAUCCGGUCCCAUCACAAGUGGGGUGCCCUCUCUUUCUUCUCCCCCAAUCCCCAAAUCUCCACCAGGCGAGAUGUCAUCGUGGCUAUUUUAUGGGCUUUGUUGUUUUGUUUGUUUGCAAUAUCUUCUACUUUGACACUCUAUCAGAGAUAUCCUCGGAUUUCUGCUUUUAUUGCAUGUAUGGGAAUUCUUCUUCCUGUUUGCCUAAAAAUUUCUAGGCAACAUAAGCUGACAAGGAAAAGAGAAAGAAGGAUGUUAUUGCCUUUAUCCAUGUGAACUUUGAUGAGAGAUAUAUGAAAUAAAUCAGUUCAUCAUUGAGCUAAAUGGCAGAGAAAUGGUCACUGAAAUUUUAUAUUGGGUUAAGAAUCCCCUAAAAACAAUUUUUUUAAAAAAAUUCUUGCUUGUACUUAACCAUGGCCAUUUAUUUC